AUGCACCCCGCGCCGCGCCGCGCCGGAUCCCUGGAGGCGGCGCCGAGCCCGCGGGACCCCGGCAGGCAGUUAAAUAAGUCAGCUUACAUGAUGAUUGAAGAUAACAAAGAGAACGAAGACCAUGCAUCUGAAAGAGGAAGGACAGCCAUCAUUUUUUCCUUGAAGAAUGAAGUUGGAGGACUUGUGAAAGCAUUAAAACUCUUUCAGGAGAAGCAUGUAAAUCUGGUGCACAUUGAGUCACGGAAGUCCAAGAGACGAAAUUCGGAGUUUGAGAUCUUUGUGGACUGUGACAGUAACAGGGAACAGCUCAACGAGAUUUUCCAGCUCCUGAAAUCCCACGUCAACAUCGUCUCUGUGAGCCCCACAGAGCAUUUCAGUGUCCAGGAAGAUGGCAUGGAGAACGUUCCCUGGUUUCCGAAGAAGAUCUCAGACUUGGAUAAGUGUGCAAACCGGGUGCUGAUGUACGGCUCUGACUUGGAUGCUGACCAUCCCGGUUUCAAAGACAAUGUUUAUCGCAAGAGGCGAAAGUAUUUUGCAGACCUGGCUAUGAACUACAAACAUGGUGACCCAAUUCCCAAGAUUGAAUUCACUGAGGAGGAGAUCAAGACUUGGGGGAUUGUGUACCGAGAGCUGAACAAUCUUUACCCAACUUAUGCCUGCAGAGAGUACCUGAAAAACCUGCCCCUGCUCACCAAACACUGUGGGUACAGGGAAGACAAUAUUCCCCAGCUGGAAGAUGUGUCUCGCUUCCUGAAAGAGCGCACAGGCUUCACCAUUCGUCCCGUGGCUGGAUAUCUGUCACCAAGAGACUUCUUGGCAGGACUGGCAUUCCGAGUUUUUCACUGCACUCAAUAUGUCAGACACAGCUCAGACCCUCUCUACACACCAGAGCCUGAUACCUGCCAUGAGCUCCUAGGCCAUGUCCCUCUUUUGGCUGAACCCAGUUUUGCUCAGUUCUCUCAGGAAAUUGGUCUUGCAUCACUUGGGGCAUCAGAUGAGGCUGUCCAAAAACUGGCAACAUGCUACUUCUUCACGGUAGAGUUUGGCUUGUGCAAGCAAGAGGGGCAGCUACGAGUUUACGGGGCUGGCUUGCUCUCUUCCAUCAGUGAGCUCAAGCACUCACUCUCUGACAGCGCCAAAGUCAAACCUUUUGAUCCAAAGGUCACCUGCAAGCAAGAAUGUAUCAUUACAACUUUCCAGGAGGUUUACUUUGUUUCUGAAAGUUUUGAAGAAGCAAAGGAAAAGAUGAGAGAGUUUGCAAAAACCAUCAAGCGUCCCUUUGGGGUGAAGUACAACCCCUACACUCAGAGCGUGCAGGUCCUGAAGGACACGAAGAGCAUCGCCAGCGUGGUGAACGAGCUGCGCCACGAGCUGGACAUUGUCAGCGACGCCCUCAGCAAGAUGGGCAAGCAGCUGGAAGUUUAACACCCUGCCAGCACUGGGCUGCAAGCCAAUCCUCCCCUUUCCCCACUGAUUUCUUUCUAGGCAUAUAAUGUGUUGCAUGCAGAACUCGCUCCUUUGCACAUGGAAGAGUAAAUGGCCCUUAAGAAUAUAACAGUUUAAUCUUGUUACUCUCUGUAAAUUUCCUCACAUAAAUGCAUUCCUCCAACCCUCUUAGGUAAAAAAGGUCCAGAGUUGCCUUUUAGAAGCUUGUAGGGGGAUGGAGAAAUUGUUAGACUGGAGAAAAAGUGUGGUCUGUGGAUCAGGGCUGGGAUCAGAUGCUGCAGAAAGUGGCUUAUGAGGCAAAAAUGGAGUAAUUCACCCCAGAGAGAAUUCAAUUCCUGACUCCAGCAGUCUAUGAUACUGACUGCGUGGUGCUGAACACUUGACAACGUAGAAGCUGUGGUAAUUCAGUGUUUCAAAGACUGUGCUACUAAGUUUGAGACUUGAAUGAUUACAAUGCAGGCAUCAGGACACAAAUAGCUGGAGGUUCUACAUGAUAAAAGGGAGGAGUCAAAUCUUGCUUUCAAAGGGAUUAUUCUUGCCACAAAGAGUUGCAAAUGCAAUGUUUGGCAUGCUUCUAGUAUAAAGAGAGAUACAGCUGUUGCAUGAAAUCCUAAUUACGUUUAAGUGAUUUGAUAUUGGCUUAGAGUCAGGAUUUUUGUUGCUGUCCUUGAUAUUGCACCUGAGGGAAGACCUUUCCUUACAGAGAUACCAUUUGCCUUUUUCCUGAUUGAAUUACUUUAGCAAAAAAAUACAGCAAGCCAUCAAGCAUUGAUUUAGCAUAAAGCCCAAAACCAUUUCCAAACUGCAGCUUCAUAUUCAAAAUAGCUUAAUUUGCUCUAAAAUAACAUCAAAGUUUAAAAAAACACCCAAAGCCCAUAGAGCAGUGUACUUUAUGUAAAAAUAAAUAUCUUGUUGAUUGCUCAGUCACUUUUUUGACCUGCACAAGCUACACAAAUAUACAUUUAGUUUCUUCUUUAUCUGACCUGAACACCUUCAUUCCCUAUCUAUUAAAUUAUAACUGAAAGGUCCAAGCAUUUCCUAGGAAUUCUGUGGUUUUUAAGGCAAGAAACUACCUUGUAGUGUGAAGCAUACCUGAUCCCAAAGAGCACUUUAGAAGGGUAGGGAAGCAGUGUCCUGCUGAAUUGUCUGCAUUGCACAGUAGCAAACUUGCCUGUGUCGAGGGUCCCACAGUUCCAAGCACCUUGCAGAGCUGUGCAAAGCUUCUGCCACCCCUGUUCUGGCAUGGACACGUGUGCAGGAUGUGAGACAUUUGAGUGGGGGAUCUGUGA